AUGGUAGACCGUCAAAAUGCUCCGGGUUAUAAGCACUCGGGCUUCACCACGGAGUCCGAUCGUGCGAUCGAUCGCCGAGAGCGUCUACGAAGGCUGGCUAUGGAAAGUUAAGGCUCACAACUUACAGCACUUCAUUUCUACAAGAAGUACAAGGGAGGCCAACAUUUUCAAUCUAUUUCCUCUACUUCUACUUCUGAACUGUUUCCACCACCUUCUUCUUGAGACUGACCGUCUGAAGCAAAAUGGACCCCUGAAGAAAUGAAUUGUGGUGAGCUCUUCUAAAAAAGCAUCGACUUAUCAAAGGAUCCCUAUUUUAUGAUGAACCAUGUGGGCGCUUUCGAAUGCCGAUUAUGCCUCACGGUCCACACGAAUGAAGGUAUUUUUUCUACAAUGCAGGCUAUCAGAUACCCUUGAUCUAUCUUGAUGGGAGGAAGUUGGAGGGUGUCGCUAUCAAGGAAUUUUAGAGCGGCCUUCACUGUGCAAAAUGCUAAACAACUUACAGUUAUUCUAUAGUACGUUAUUCAUAUUCUAUUAUUAUCAUAUCUAUACAGGUUUUUAAUUUUUCCCUCAUCAUCGUCAUCUCGUCAUCCUAGGUCAGUCUUAGUCUCUCCAAAAAAAAAAAAAUAUAUGACCAGGUUCCUAUCUCGCGCAUACUCAGGGAAAGAAGCAUCAAGUGAACCUGGCCAGACGACAGCAGCGCGAAAGACAUUAUGAGUUAUACAACACCGUGAAUGUGAGUAGAAGCAUCUUGUUCUUGAGUAGUUGUUCUCGUAAUAAUAAUGAUCUAGAGCAGCAGUAUGUAGAAUCCUUUUUGAGAUAAGCGUCUUGUUCUUGAGUAUGUAGAAUACUUCUUGAGUAUUUCACUUAACUGGAUAACAAUAGUCCUUGAUGUUCUGUAACAGAGUAAGUAGAGUAAGAACUCUUGAAGUUGAUGCUUAUCUAGUUCGAGAUGCUUCAAGGUCUACGAGACGGAUCCUACACACAGCAUCCCCUUCGCCUCACGCUACUACUUACUGUGAGUACUAUACUACUUCGACUGCUACUCCUCUCUAAUCGUAGCAAGCUCAAGCUGGUACGGGCGCGACCGGAACUGCAGUGCCAGUGCCUAAGAAUAUAGUCAAAAAAAGCGGAACCGUAAAGAUCGGAAGACCAGGGUACAAGGUGACGAAAGAAAGAGAUCCGAAUACGAAACAAAAGGUAGAAAAAUUACUUAUGAAUUUCAUACUGAUUUAUUGAGAACGAGAUCCAAACCUAGAACAAACCAAAAAGAUGGAUCUAGAACAAAGGUUACUUGAUGUAGUUCUUGUGAAUUUGACUUUUGAUAUAACGUUGCAGUCUAGUAUGUAAUGCUUCUUCAUCUACUUCAGCAGCUAAUAUGCAGCUUCAUUAUCAUCUUUGAUCUACUUUCCAAGCACUCCAUCACUCACUCACUCCGUCUACUUUCAUCCAAGCACUCGUCCGUCGUCACAAUGGAUCAUCAUCUCCCCUAAUUAACUUCUUCUUAGAAGCCUAGACAUCAUUAUUGGGCACGCUACUCCUACAACUACAAAUACUACUACUCCUUUACAGGCUCUCCUCUUCGAGAUUGAGUAUCCUUCGAUUGAGAAGAAUGUUGAGCCUCAACUUCGUUGGAUGUCCUGUUACGAACAGAGGAAGGAGACGCCGGACGACAGAUUUCAGUACCUUUUGUUAUGGCUCAAAAGAACCCAUCUCCACGUGAAUCCCGUUAAAGUGCAGCGCUGGCAGUUGUGACUGGAAGAGUACCCCCCCCAUCAUCUUGUAUUGAAGGGAGUACUUGUACUUCUGCUGCGGCGAGUAUGUAUAUUGUGCUCUUGUAUUGAUGAAGGGAGUACUUGGUUGUACUUCUGCUGCGGCGAGUAUGUAUAUUGUGGUCAGCUGUAUGUACUCGAAAAUUGAAAAUAACCGAGUUACUGUCUGAAAUAAGGGAGGUAGCUUUGACAGGGCUACUCUUCCUUGUUCAAUAUCUCGCUUAUUUUAAGUAGUUACUCGCUUAGUUCAGUUUAUCGAAUAUAUAUAUCAGAGUCGUUUAUAGCACGCAUGGUGCAUGGAGUAGCAUGGAGUGCAUGGAGCGCAAAGCUUUAAGGGGCGCAAGAAGCUCCCCCUUUAGCUCCAUGCUACUCCAUGUGAUCCAUGCACUCCAUGCCAUGCGAGUUGUGAAACCUUACAAAUUGCUCCGAUAUAUGGAUGUAUAUAUAUUUAGCGGCGAGUUGUAUUUUAACGGGAUGCUGCAUUCACGGGACGAUGGGCUAGGGGUUGUAGCUCUAAUUUUGGUCGCAGCAGAUCCCUACGAAACUAUCGCCUUCAAAGUCCCGAACAUGGAAGUCGAAAACGCGAAAAAUACUAUCAAGUUAUGAAGCAGUUGUAGUAAUGAGUGAUGAAUCCUCUUAUUAGGAUAGAUAUACUCGAAAACUGAAAAUAAGCGAGUUACUGACUGAAAUAAAAGAGUCGUUACUACAUUCCUCUUCUUUACGUAUCUCGCUUAUUUCAAGUACUUACAACUUGCUUAUUUCAGUUUAUCGAAUAGUUGUAGUUUCAGUUUCCUUCAUUAAAUGAAUGUGAAUCCUCUUAUUGGGAUAGAUAUUUACCUGCUUAAGCUUUUCCGGUGUAUGUUGUGUACUUACUAGAAGCAAAGUGCUGAACAAGCACUAGAAUCUUGAUGUCUCAUCUGCAGUAGUUGGAAGAUCGAUGUAGAUCUCGGUGGCCUCGGAAAAACUAUAUCUUCUUCAAGUAGUGAAUCGGAAAUAGUUUUAGUACUACUUUUUUUUUACAAAAUUGCUACUACGUCGUCGUGAUUCGAAUGAAUGAACAACUACUUUCUUAGUAGUAAGUAGAUUCAACACGACUACUUGCUUUUUUAGUACAUCAAGGACAGCUAUCAUCCCGCCGGUAGGCUUGAAGGACUACUUGGGAGGCGAAUGAAUGAGGACAGCUCUUCAGGUUUAAAUGUAUUAUAGACAUAACAAACAUGAUGAUCAAAAUCUUCUUGUUCUCAUCUACUUCUCUUCCUCCUCUAAUUUCGUGGGAUCCGUUCAAGAAGAUUUACACCCUUCAGAUCUUCUUCAAGCCAAGAGAAGCGAAGCAGCUUCCGGGACUGGGCCAGAACGUUCGUGAGACUAAUCUCGCGUUCCAUGGUGGAGGUGGUUUCACGAGGAGCAUGUAAGAAGUCGGAGCUUUGGUUACUGACGGUUCGGGGAGCUUGGGUCAAAAAGCAAAGCAUGAUGUCGUGUAACUCCACAAAGUAUUAUAGCAUGAUGUGUGGCCUUAACAACUCCACAGCAACUAGAACAAGGAGCAUGUAGUUGUAACAAGAGCGUUCUAGUACUGGAGAUAUUAGGGUGGACCACAGAAAAAAAUGAAAUGUCACUCAAAAGAGCAGCAGGAUUAGUAGGUUUCAUGAUGACGAUGAAGAUUGAUCAUGAAUAAAAGCAAAUUAGAUGAAAGAAUUCAUUUUGUCUUUUUCGUUUUGUCUCGCGGCCUACCCAGGACCAGGCUGCUGUCAUGUUUCCUACGCGCACACCCCCCUCAGUCCCCUCCCAUGAUGAGGUGUUGUCAAUCGACUACAGCAAAAUCAAACCUAUAAAUUUAUUAACCUUUUCUCGCAUGGCGUGAUAAAUAAUGAGAAAAACCAAAUAAAACAAGCAGUCAGAGUCACGGUUGUGUGAGUCAGGGC